AUUGAUAGAGUUAGGAAACAGUUGAGAGACAUUCAAUAAUAUGGCACAAACACAACAACAUAAAUUGUAUCCUGCCCUAAAAAUCCCACUCAAACUACCAAUUACCAAUGCAAAUGCCAUUGCUUCCAUAAGUUGAAAAACUCUACAUAUCAUUACUACCCCACACACACACACACACUAAUACCACAUGUUCAACUUCAUGCCUUCUUCAUGAUACCUUAGCAUAUAUAUUACAUCCAAAAAUUACAUAUAGAAGUUGUUUUUAUUUUCUCUCUCCUAAUUAAAUAAGGUGGGUAGACUGAUGGGGGAUGAUGUCGCCCUAAGGCGGUGUUUGGUGUGGCUAGCAAUGGUGGUAAUAAUAGUGGGAUUUUACACUCAUUCAUUCAAGAAAAUGGUGGUAACUUAUUUCAUGGGACUUGCUGGUAUAGGUGGUGUGCUCUUGCCAGAUUGGGAUUUCUUUGAUAGGGAUUUUUCUGAAUGGACUCAACCUGUUUCUGUUGAUGAAAUUAAGCGAUCAGAUGUUCUUAGGCUCGGAUCUACAAGGUUUCGCUUCUAUCCGUUAAGGACAGUGAUAUACGCAGUAGUCUACGGCUUUGGUUUGUACAAGUGGUGGACGUAUGUAAGGCAAUAAUUCAAUAAAGAUCAAAUCACCAUAUGAUUAGAUUCACAUUUCAGUUUUCAGCUACCAAAUACUUGUUUGGAUUAAUUGAUUUUGAUGAUUCUUAUUACAUAUUAAUAAUACUCUGAAAAAUGCAAUAUUGUUGAUUUGAUUA